AUGGAUCCAGACCUAUCUCCAGAGCCUGGCUCCGAGAAUGAACUAUCAGGCGUCGGCUCGGAGCCGCACGACGAGCAGCAGUCCCCUGACGAUAGUACGGGGCCCGGCUCAGUCAAAACAGAAGCAGGUGGUGAGGACUUCGCACACUUAAGUCAGGCACCGCCGAUGCCUGUGCAGAAGCGCAGACGGGUUACACGCGCCUGUGACGAGUGUCGGCGGAAGAAGAUCAAGUGCGACGGCAAGCAGCCUUGCACGCACUGCUCGGUGUACAGCUAUGGUAAAUCACGAAUCCCGAGUAUUCACUUGUGUUCUUUUGUGACAGAAUGCACAUAUGACAAGCCUUCCAACAGGAGACGCAACCCGGCACCACAGUAUAUCGAGGCAUUGGAGAGCAAGUUAGCCCGCGCUGAGGCUUUGCUCCGGAAGUUCGCCCCAGGUGUUGAUCUGAAUGAUCCGGAGCUGGACCCUCUUACCCAGCAGGAAUUCCAGAAUCGAGAGCGUCAGAAGUUACAGGCUAGUAAAUCGAAGCGGCAAGAGACAAAAAUGAUCGAGCAGGACGACGCGCAGAUCACAUCAAUGAUUGAGACCAUUGGUCAGUUGGACCUGGACGAACGCGGCUGGGACUUUCGCGGCACCUCGUCUGGAGCCGUGUUUCUUGGCCGGAUGAAGGAGCACUUGGGAGGCCUUCUCGGCUACGACUCGCAAAAUACGUUUCUCCCCCGACCUAGCAGGAUACCAGGCCUGACGAAGCUUGACUCUCCCUUAUCGGCCGCUGGUUCCUCCCCGGGGGAUGUCAAUGUUACGAAUGUCUACGAUCUACCGCCACAGUCGAGGGCAAGACGGCUGAGUUCCUGUGCCCUGACAUGUGCGACGGCCCUCCUGCGCAUCGUCCACGUGCCCUCUUUCCUCGAAAAGCUUGGGAUGAUCUACGAGAAACCGGCAGAAACCUUUGACACGGAGGACAACAGGUUCUUGGGACUUUUCUAUGCAGUACUAGCAGUUGGUUCAAUGUGCAACAUUACUGAGGAGGAUAUCGACGGCAACAAGACAUACAAACAUGCUUUCGAGGAAGGGGUGAAAUAUUACACCUGCGCUAGGAUACUACUGCAGGACGUUACAGAGUGUCGGGACUUGACUACGCUACAAGCCCUUCUAUUCUUGAUCCUGUUCCUUCAGGCUACUUCCAACCUUAGCGGCUGUUAUGCCUUUCUCGGUAUCGCUUCGAGAGCUGCUAUCAGGAUGGGCCUGCAUAGACAUCUCCCGCAGGCCAACUUCACACCUCUGGUCACUGAGCUGAGGAGACGCGUUUUCUAUUUCAUCCGGCAGAUGGAUAUUUACUGCUCGGCACUCCUCGGCUUUCCCAUACUUCCGUAUGACGACGAUAUCGAUCAACAAUUUCCGACUGAAAUUGAUGAUGAGUACAUCACUCCUGAAGGGAUUCAGACACCACCUCCAGGAGCGCCCGGCUCAUUCUUCCAGGCUUUCAAUGCCCACUCAAGACUAAUGAAGAUCCUGAUGAAAGUGGUCAAGUAUAUUUACCCUCUCAAAGGCGUUGAGCAGUGUGCGACAAACCCGUCUGGGUCACCGCACGCAACAUAUACGAUCGACUACUCCCGCAUCAAAGAAAUAGAAGGUGAUCUGCAAGUGUGGCACGAACAGCUACCCCGGAGAUGGCGUCCUAGUUCAGAAGGGUCUAUGGAAGAGAUACGUGUGCGGACACUGCUACGAUUUGCCUACGCACAGGUUCAGAUGAUGUUGUAUAGACCGUUCCUUCAUUACAUCUCUCCACGCUUGUGGGCUGGUAGGGUUGUCGACGAGCGGUACUAUGCUUGUGCUGCAGCUGGCAUCAGCGUAUCGAGAAACAUCAUACACAUCGCAAUGGAGAUCAAGGACCAGAAUCUGGUCGUCGGACCGUUCUGGUCGAUGCUGUAUACGCAGUUUUUUGCCAUCCUGACCCUGGUCUUCUACGUUUUGGAAAACCCGGAGAAGCAGGGCUCAGCAGAAAUCUACGGCGACGCGAAGGCCGGCCGGGAAAUGAUCGGAAGGAUGGCCUCCAAAAGCUUCGCGGCAGACAGGAUCACGAAAUCCCUGGACACGCUCUGGGAAAAUCUACCAGAGGCAAUCAAGAGCGGCAAGACACGGUCCUUGCCCUCCAGGAAGCGGUCAGCCCCUGGAACGAAAUCAGGCGUAGUACCACUAUCAACUCAUAAAGCACCCGGCCCAUCAGCCAAGAUUUCCAGUGCAGCCUCCCGGAAGUUACUCACACAGAGAUCACCCUCCGACAAGGCGCAUCUGAGAUCGUCUCAAGCCGCACUUCCGAUGACUUUUCCUGACCUGCACACUCUGGACGUCUCAUCGACGGUGACUUCAGACACGAGCGGCAUCAGCCCAUCCACUGCGCAUUCCUCGAGCCAGUAUCUACGCAGUAGUCAGGCAGCGGAAAGCCCUAGCGUAUACAAACUGGAUGCGCUGAUGUUCCCGUCUGGCGAUCCGUUUGCCUAUCCCAAUCAGCCUCUGGUCGACUUCGGUGAAGCUGUGGCAACGCAUGCUGAGUCGAACCCUUCUCACAUCUCCAAUGUGCCAAGUCACACAAGCGACCCUAGAAAUUUCUACAUGUCAGGGCUCUACGGGGGAGAUAUUGAGGGGCAGCUAAUGGGACCUCUACCCCCAUACCUGAUACACUCCACCCCAAGCCAGAAUGGUUUGGGCUUGUCUGGGCAAAUGUAUCAGUCGCCGAGUUCAAUGACGAUGCAGCAGGGCCAGGCUCAUCCCACAGGGCAUGGACACCACCAGCACCAUUUGCAGGCGCAUCACCACAGGACAGGAAGAGAAGUGGAUGAUAUGAUGACGGACUCUGGUUUCAACAGAGAUUGGGACAUUUUCGGGGGGCAUUUCAAGCCGCUCUAACUGCAGGGCGCCUAAGGUCUGCUUGUUCGAGGCAUGCCUCGGCCGUCAAGGUUUAGAUUUAUCGAACGGGACGAAAAAGUAUUCGGAUCGAUGCCCUGAGGGGCAGGGACACACACACACACACGCACACACACACUUUUGAUGAGGCGCAAGGGAAGAAAGGACCACGGGCUACCAACCUUCCAGUCCAAUGGCGUUGACGGUCAUGUAUCGGGCGUUGCUUGCUCUUUUGGAGAACACUCAGAUUUUGGACCAGGCUUGCUGCUAUCCAAGCUUUAGCCCACAUGAAAUAUGUACGACAAAGGGACGAUCGUGUAUAAAUACCAUGUAUCCAUAUGAACGCGGACACCAAUCUUUCCUCUCUCUUGGCGGCAAAAUCUUAGAGUGGCUGGAUGUCAUCAUUGCAAUGGAGUAGCAACGAGGCUCAUUCGUUCGAAGGCCUGCACAGGGUUCAAUGAAUUUUAUUUUAGAGGAGAAAUCUCAUAUUUACCUGCUCAG